UCAGCGCCUACCGUUAGCCGCACCAAGAAGACAAUCGCAAGAAGAUGCGCUGUUCAGGGGGCGAUUGAUGUGCAACUGCCGCUCGGUACUUGACAUGUCGACGGGGAUCAAUGGGUAGGUGGUUGUCACCACUGGCAUUCUACACACCAAUACAUCAAUACACACACACUCAAUUGCCCUGUGGCAUUCGGGCGCCGACUCGAUAGAGCCGGAAUGUGUAACUUGGAAGGUAUUAACCAACACGCCCUUACCCUCUGCCACAUCAAUAUCGCUCGUCAGCCGCAUGUCAGACUCGUCGUCAGGCGCCGAGCAAAAGUGAAGAACUGCAAAAAACAUUUCUGAGCCAUACUGAGGUGUUCAUACUAACUUUCAAGUCUCCUCUUCACCUUUUAAGAGUCCAGCAUACUGUCCGGACCCUCAUCGGUCGUCACACUUUUGAGUGUCCGAUCCGACCGCAGCAU